CAGCCUUAUAUAAGUAGUCGAUAGGCUUUAGAAUGGAAUAGAAUAUCAACCUUUUACACCACUACUGCCGUGCCGAAUCUUUGUCCACGGACAUACAACGAUAGCUUCGGACUCCAAGCCGGGAAGACCGCAGGACAGAGACCAACAGAUCAGUGAAAAACCAUGGGCAGCGUACUGGGAACUCUUCAAUUGCUGGGAUGGAACAACCAGAUGUUAAAACCAAAUCGGGAAGAAGAUUUCGUGGAGAAAAACAUUGGGUUUCCGUGUCGCGUUGUGACCGGAAACAAGACAGUGCAGUCCGUCUUUGACAUCGACCUCUUCAAAAAGGAGGAAUUUUGUUUUGGAGUGGUGGGAGAAGUCAGGAAGGACUUCACGGAGGGCGUCUGUCCAUGCAUCCUGUCCAACGGCAAGAUCCACGAGAAAAACAAGGGGUUUUUGAUGGAAGUAAUCGCAAAGGCUGGCGAAGACAUCCCUCCAUCGACUGCGCUAUCUGUUUUGUCCAACAUCUCAAAAUGGGGCAGCACUCCAAUGAGCGACUUCGAGUCAAAGUUGACGGAUGUGGCGGCGGAUGCCUUUCUUCCUAACAUCUUUGGUGAAUCAACCCAUUUUCACGGGGAAGAGAUUCGCCUUUAUAGAAGCGGGGCGAUUGCAGUAAGAUUGUCCAUUGUUAAAGCUUUAACAGGGAGGAACCUCGACGAAGAACGUCGGGCAAUGACGUCAAUACUCGAGAAGAUUAAGACAUCAGAGAGAUACCAGCAACUUUUGGAUCUUGGGAAAUCGUACGGCUUGGGAGAAAAAGAGGCGACGGCACAACUGCUCUUUCCGGUAUUCAUCAACGGAGCUUAUGGCUUGGCAGCUCAUCUGGUGUGUACCUUCGCCUGCUUGGACACCAUCAGCGCAGAAGACCGGGAGGAGCUACGGGAAGAGGCGCUUGCUGCCCUGAAGAAUCACAGAGGCCUGACCCGCGAGUCCCUGGAGGAGAUGCCGAAAAUUGAGAGCUUCGUCUUGGAAGUGCUGCGAUUCUGUCCAAACCCAGUAUUUUGGAGCACCAUCGCCACAUGUCCAACGACUGUGGAGUACACCACGGAUAGCGGAGAACACACACUGAAGAUCGAGGAAGGUGAGCGUGUGUAUGCCAGCUCCUACUGGGCACUGAGGGACCCAGCCGUCUUCGACAAACCAGAAGACUUCAUGUGGCGCAGGUUCCUUGGCCCAGAGGGUGACGCUCUUCGGAAACACCACGUUACCUUUCACGGACGACUCACCGACACACCAGCAGUCAACAACCACAUGUGCCCGGGUAAAGACGUCUCGCUGUCAGCACUUAAAGGCAGCAUCGCCAUUUUCAACACGUUCUUUGGAUGGGAACUCCAGGAGCCGCCGUUUUGGACCGGGAAGAAGCUGUCCCGCGGUAGUCUACCCGACAACGAAGUGAAAAUCAAGUCCUUCUGGGUACAGCACCCCGAAGACUUGAAGGAGAUCUUCCCAUCCCACUUCCAGGACAUCGUUAAUGAAGUAGAUGAUGUUGGUGACAUUGACGUACUGGUCAAAACGAAGACUGGAAAGUACAGUGGCUCUGGAACAAACUCUAAUGUCUAUAUCCGACUCUUUGACGACAAAGGCCAUCAGUCCCGUGAGCUGCAGUUGGAUGUGUGGUGGAAAGAUGACUUUGAAAAGGGACAGGAGGGACAGUACAAACUGAAGGAUAUAAAAGUUGCUGCUCCGAUUGUGAAAAUUGAGCUGUUUCGGGAUGGAUGCCACCCUGAUGACGACUGGUACUGUGAGUCAGUCUCUGUCCAACUCAACCCGGACAACAACGGACCUACAUACGACUUCCCUGUGAACCGUUGGAUCAGGCAAAAUGAUCACGUGUGGCUGAGUCCCGGUGGCGGUGAGCCUCCAAAGGAUGACGUGAAUCCCAUAGAUGACUAAGAUAACCAUUAACGCUAACAAAGACGAAUUUCAAAAAAACUGCUUAAUUUACACCGACUUUUCAUGACCGUUUGUCACCUAUGCCUUCACAAGGGAAAUUCUGGCUGUUGCUUGUCU